UGUUUGUCGACGUCACAUGACGUCACGAAAGUCCUUCAAACGUGUUUACAGGUGCGCAUGCGUUGAGAUUUGUUGUGAAGCGAUAAAGGCGCAGAUUUUAAAAUGGCUUCAGAUCCAAAUAAUGCUGGUGCUUCUGCACAAGAGUUUGAGGUGGUUUCUAUGGAGGGUUAUGACGAAGAAUACGAUGACCUCAUUAGUUUGGAGACAAUGGAUAGAUCUUCACCUGACCUGUUUCCUCAGAGAAUAAAUGGGUUGACCGACCUCGCCUCUUUGGGCAAUGAAGCAGGAACACCUCCCUGGGAGGCACCUCUAACGCCUGAAGAUAUCAGCAUGCUUCACCAUUACAGCACUUUCACCCUUUCGGCCUUAAUUAUAGAGGUACGCAAGCUAUACGACAAAGCGUAUCAGUUGGGCCUUGAUGAAGCAAAAGAAAUGACUCGAGGCAAGUACCUGAACAUUCUAAACCGCCGCCGACCUAACAAACCUGACGGAGAAUAAUCGUUGGGGACUGAUCUUCGCAUUUUAACAUGCUGCUUUUGUAAAACUACUGCAGCAAUUAUUCAUCACUCAGCUUACUUGUAAAUUUAAUAAAAAUACGGCAAUUCAAAAUUA